AUGGAGAAGGACCGAGAGGUUGCUCCUGGCUCUACCGCCAACGCCAGCAAUGAUGCCCCCACCAACAACAUUCCCGCCGACGCCAUCAACACCAACCUCGACCUCGAGUCUGGAAAAGAAAGCAUCUCCCAUUGGCAGAUGCUCGUCGACCAGGGUGUCCUCACCCGGCAGAUCAUCAACUAUGAUUACGAGGGUUCCGGAACUGACGAAGAUCCCUAUGUUGUCGAGUGGAUCGACAACGACCCAAGGAACCCCAUGACUUGGACCAAGAAGAAGAAAUGGAUCAUUACGCUGACUGUAGCCAAUGCCGUUCUCGUCGUGUCCUUUUGCUCGUCGGCCUUUAGCGGAGGCAUUGCGCACAUCAUGCAGGAAUUCCAUGUUAGCCAAGAAAUCGUUACCCUCGGUCUUUCGCUCUUCGUUCUCGGAUUCGCACUCGGGCCUCUCCUAUGGGCGCCCUUUUCCGAGCUGUAUGGUCGCCAGGUCGUCUUCCUUGGCACGUAUUUGGCUUUUGCAGCCUUCAACGGCGGUGUCGCGGGCGCCCCCAAUAUUACCGGACUACUUAUUCUCCGAUUCCUCGCCGCGGCCUUUGGUUCCAGUCCUUUGACCAAUGCCGGAGGUGUCAUUGCUGAUAUGUUCCCCGCCCAUGAGCGAGGCAUCGCCAUGAGUAUCUUCUCUGCUGCGCCUUUCAUGGGUCCCGUCAUUGGCCCUGUCAUUGGUGGAUUCCUCGGUAUGACUGAAGGAUGGAGAUGGGUCAACGGCCUGAUGGCAAUGUGGGCCGGUGCUCUUUUCUUCGUCACUAUCCUCAUAGUCCCCGAGACCUACAGUCCCGUCCUGCUCCGCAAGCGCGCUGAGAAACUAUCCAAGCUGACCGGUAAAGUGUACCGAUCUCGCAUCGACAUCCACUCAGGAAAGGUUUCGCUCAAAGAGGCUUUUGCGACUGGACUCAAGCGCCCCUGGAUCCUCCUCUUCUGCGAACCCAUUGUCCUCCUCCUCUCCAUUUACCACGCCAUCAUCUACGGUAUUCUCUACAUGCUUUUCGGAGCUUUCCCCAUUGUCUACCGCCAAGGACGUGGCUGGAACGAGGGCGUCAGUGGAUUGCCCUUUAUUGCCGUCGCUAUUGGAGUCGUCUUUGCCAUGAUCUACGUCAUAUUUAUCGACAACAAAACCUACCAGAAGAAGGUCCAGGCAUCUGGCCGUGGCUACGCCGCUCCCGAGGACCGCUUGCCCAUGUGCAUCAUCGGUGGCAUCGCGCUUCCCACUGGUCUUUUCUGGUUUGCCUGGACAAACUAUCCGUCCGUGUCAUGGGUUGCCAGUGUUGUCGGUGCUAUCCCGUUCGGAUUCGGCAUGGUUCUCAUCUUCCUCUCCCUCAUGAACUACCUCAUCGACUCGUACACCAUCUUUGCAGCCUCCGUCCUGGCAGGUAAUGGUGUUAUCCGGUCCAUAUUUGGUGCUGCGUUCCCGCUCUUCACCAAGCAAAUGUACAGCAACCUUGGCAUCCACUGGGCAUCGUCGGUCCCUGGCUUCCUUGCCCUACUUUGUCUCCCGCUUCCCUUCCUGUUCUACAAGUAUGGAACGGCUAUCCGCGAGAAGUGCAAGUACGCUGCAGAGGCUGAUGCCUUUAUGCAACGCCUUCGCGCCCAGCAAGGGGCCAAGGAGGCACGGCAACGGGGCUCUAGUCCUGAAGCCAAUUCACCAAACACGUCUCGCGCCAACACCCUUACGCCGCAGGAACCUGCUGAGGAGGAGCAGGAGCAGACGCAUGCAGACACAUCCGAGCCGAGGUUCCAAGAGAUGAAGGCUGAAAAGGAGUCUGACAGCGAUGGUUUGAAGAGGGUGGCCACCGGACGUUCAUCGAGAAGCAGGAGGACAGUGCGCGACGUCGAGUUUGAACCGAACCCGUUCGACAUUGACCGGGUCAACACGAGGGAGUCGUUUGCGAACAGGCCGCGGAGCAACAGCCGGGCAAGCUCCAGGCGGCGGUAG